CGUCGCAGCCAACGAUUCCGGAUUUGGAAUUCCGUAUUGCCAACUGCAGCUGUCUAACCGGGAAUCUCAAUAGAAGUCAGCAAAAUGAAGCCACGGAAUGGAAGACUGUCAAAAUCCAUACUCUUUACUGGUUUCUGUGUCGCCGUAAUAUCAACACACCUUUCAAAUGCGCUCGAUUGCUAUGUGUGCAGCUAUUUGGAUGGCUACAGUGAUACCUCCUGCCUGUACAACGCCAGUGCCGUCAAGGCGAUCAACUGCACCAAGAAGUACUGUGUGACAGUUCGCCAGGAAUUGAGGCGAAACUCGAGCAAGGUGAUAUCCUUCUUGCGCGAUUGCCAGGACGAGCCGGUGAUGCUUUAUGGAAACAGGCCAGAUGAAACUUUUCGCACAUAUUACACCUCUUGCCAGCAGAACCUGUGCAAUGGACACAAUGGACGGGUGAAGAACUCAACCAAUGGAAGUGGAGGCGGCGGAAUUCACAAUGCCGUAGUUCCUGGAAAAAGUGCUUCACAAGGGUUGCUUAUUUCCUCAUGGUCACUCAUAUUUUUGCCUUUCCUGGCACUUUGGCGAUAAAAGUCGGCAUGAACCAAAAAAAGGGUACAAGGAACUGGGAGCUUAGAAUACUCUGCCAUGUCGCAAAAAAAUAUUCAGAAGAAAAGGUCUUAAUAAGAAAAUAAAUUAUCCUCACACAGAAUGAUACUAAAAA